CAUUGCUAACCACAUGUUUAUCACAUGCUUUUAUAACACUGUCCUUUUUUUCUCUCUAUUAAAGGACAUGAUUAUCACUUGUUUCUCAACCUCAUAUCUUGAACACAUAACACACAAACAGAGAACAUCAUCAAAGAUGGAGAAUUUUGAAGUGAGAAAACCACAUGCUGUGUUGAUUCCAGCUCCAGGUCAAGGCCAUAUAAAUCCAUUGUUGAAACUAGCAAAGCUUCUUCACCUUAAAGGCUUUCACAUAACCUUUGUAAACACUGAAUACAACCACAAACGCUUGCUCAAAUCAAGAGGUUCUAAUUCCUUUGAUGGUUUCACUGAUUUUUGCUUUGAGACUAUACCAGAUGGUUUAACUCCACUAGAAGGUGAUGGUGAUGUUACUCAACACGUACCUUCUCUUUGUCUAUCUAUAAGAAAGAAUUUCCUCAAACCAUAUUGUGAACUUCUUUCUAGACUUAAUGAAUCUGCAAAUAUUGGUCUUAUUCCACAUGUUACUUGCUUAGUUUCUGAUUGUUUGAUGAGUUUUACUAUACAAGCUGCUAAAGAAUUUGCACUACCAAAUGUUCUCUUCUUUCCAUCAAGUGCAUGUUCUUUAUUAAAUGUUUUGUACUUUCGUUCCUUUGUAGAAAAAGGUCUCACACCACUGAAAGAUGAGAGUUAUUUGACAAAUGGAUACUUGGAAACCAAAGUAGAUUGGAUUCCAGGUUUAAAAAACUUUCGGUUGAAGGACAUUUUCGACUUUAUUAGGACAACAAAUCCAAAUGAUAUCAUGUUAGAAUUCUUUAUUGAUAUCGCAGAUAGAGUUCCUAGAGAUUCUACUAUCAUUUUGAAUACUUUCAAUGAGCUUGAGAGUGAUGUAAUAAAUGUUCUCUUGUCUAUGUUUCCUUCUCUUUACCCAAUUGGCCCUUUAUCUUCAUUAUUAAACCAAACUCCAUCUAAUCAUCAAUUAGCAUCUCUAGAUUCCAAUCUUUGGAAAGAAAAUACCAAGUGCCUUGAAUGGCUUGAACCCAAGGAACCUGGAUCUGUUGUUUAUGUAAAUUUCGGAAGCAUCACGGUUAUGUCUGAAGAGAAACUGUUAGAGUUUGCGUGGGGUUUGGCAAAUAGCAAGAAACCAUUUUUGUGGAUCAUUAGGCCUGAUCUUGUUAUUGGUGGUUCGGUGGUUUUGUCAUCUGAGUUUUUGAAUGAAAUUUCUGAUAGAGGCCUAAUAGCAAGUUGGUGUCCGCAAGAGAAAGUUUUGAACCAUCCUUCAAUCGGUGGAUUCUUGACUCAUUGCGGAUGGAACUCAACCACUGAAAGCAUAUGUGCUGGAGUGCCAAUGUUGUGUUGGCCAUUUUUUGGUGAUCAGCCACCAAACAGUAGAUUUAUUUGCAAUGAAUGGGAGAUUGGAAUUGAAAUCGAUACAAACGUGAAGAGAGACGAGGUGGAGAAGCUUGUGAAUGAGUUGAUGGUGGGAGAGAAAGGAAAGAAGAUGAGGCAAAAGGCAAUGGAAUUGAAGAAGAAGGCUUUGGAGAGCACUAGUCCAGGAGGUUGUUCAUACAUGAACCUAGACAAAGUUAUUAAAGAAGUCUUGCUUAAACAGAAUUAGCACUAUUUUCAAGAAUGUAACAUUGUAAUAUCUUAUUGAUUUUCUUCUAUUUAAUGUACUUAGUAGUCAAGCAAAAACUAAUCAUCUUUUAGAAUUUUUGAACCAACUAACUAUUGAACUAUGACUCAAUAGAUCUCACCAAUUUGUUUUCUGAA